AUGGUGAAGAAAAGCAAGCUGCUCAAUGCCCUUGAUGCCCACAAGGGACGAGAUUACGACAAAGAGCGCCAGAAAAAGUUACAGAAAGCUGCGGAGAAGAAGAAAAGAUCGAGGGCGGAGACCGAAGAAGGACAAGAACAAGAUGAUGUAGAAAAUGCAGAGGAAGAGAAUGCGCCAGACAGUAUAAUCCCCGAGAAACGGAAGACCACUAAAGCCGAUAAAAAGAAGAAAGGGAAGAAGGGAGACAUACCAGCAGAAAAAGUAGAACAUAUACAAGGCGAUGCUGAAGCCUCGGAAGGCGACGAGGAAAACGAGAAUGAAGUUGAGGACGAAGAAGUCGAUUCAGACGAGGAUAUCCCCCUUUCGGACCUUUCAGAAGACGAUAGAGCAGACGUAAUACCUCACCAACGACUGACGAUAAACAACUCUGCGGCCAUAGGAGCUUCGCUGAAACGGAUAUCAUUUAUCCAUGAGAACACACCUUUCUCAGAACACAACUCCCUAACAUCUACCGAAAGCAUGGAUAUACCUGAUGCGAAUGACGAUCUUAAUCGAGAACUUGCAUUCUAUAAAGUUUGCGUAUCCGCCGUGACAGCGGCACGAGGCCUACUCAAGAAAGAAGGCAUUCCAUUUACCCGGCCUACGGAUUACUUCGCUGAGAUGGUCAAGAGUGAUGAGCAUAUGGGCAAGAUAAAGAAGAAGCUGUUCGACGAGGCUGCCGCGAAGAAAGCCAGUGCUGAAGCGAAGAAGCAGCGCGAAUUGAAGAAGUUUGGAAAACAAGUGCAGGUUGCGAAACUGCAGCAGAGGCAAAAGGAGAAAAAGGAGACUCUAGAGAAGAUCAACAGCCUGAAGCGAAAGCGCAAGGCCGAUGGUGGAGCUCCCACUGAAGACGACGACCUCUUUGACAUCGCCCUCGAAGAUGCCAGCAAGUCUGAUCGCAAGAGAUCGGGCCCCGCAAGCGGAUCGAAUACCAAACGGCAGAAGAAGAACGAGAAAUUCGGAUUUGGCGGUAAAAAGCGUUUUGCUAAGAGCGGAGAUGCCGUUUCGAGUGGUGACCUGAAGGGCUUUUCUGUUAGCAAGAUGAAGGGGAAGAAACCUGGCGGUGCCGCAAAAAGGCCGGGCAAGAGUAGAAGAGCGGCGGCAAAAAGAUGA